GCUCUUAUUGUCAAUUAAUUUUUGUUUCAAAGACUUUGUCAUCAAUUGAACUAUCAAAUUUUUGCUCAUGUCACUUGUCUACUACUCUAGUUUGACACCAUUUAUGGGGGAAUUGUUGGACAAUUCAGUUCCAACUAAUUUGAAAUGGAAUGGUUUAGCUUGCAAAAGUAGUUUUCAUAUACCAAGAAAUUGUGAAGAUAGGGCUGGUUGGAGCUCAGCUGCUAAAACACAUAGAAGUGUUUGUGAACUCAAUGUCGUUUCGAUGUCAAUUAAGGGCAAUACAUGUUUUGGUUGUGCACAAGUCAAGAUGCACCACUUGAAUUUGUUAUAUCAGUCCACUAGAACUUCAAGUUUAGUAGCUCUGUCUAAUUUGGUUGCUAGUAAUGGAUUUGAUUUUGUAUCUGAAGAACAACAUGAGCAGAAGAAUGUUAUCCGACACGGAAAGGAUGAAGUUGAUGUCGAUUCUUUCGGACAGUAUGUGCCUCCUUGGGGAAAUUUGACAGUUGAUACAGAACCGUAUUCAGAUCCUAAAAGUAUUGUUGAGCCUUUAGUGAGUCCAAGAAAUACUGUAAAUUUUAGUUUUGAUGAGAUUCGGAUACAUUCUUUAGAAGGAGAAAUGGAUGAAAAGGUGUUAUCUGGAAGGAUCUUGAUGCUUAGUAGAUCAAACAAGGUUAAAAGUGCACUAGAAUUGUUUAAGUCGAUGGAAUUCGCAGGUUUACGACCCAAUAGUCAUGCUUGUAAUUCUCUUAUCUCUUGUCUCUUAAGAGACGAGCUACUUGAUCAUGCAAUGAGAAUCUUUAAGGUUACGAAGAGAAAUGGCAGCACAACUGGGCAUACGUAUACGUUAAUACUCAAAGCAGUUGCGGAUUUGCAAAGUUGUGAAUCAUCUCUUCGUAUGUUUGCAGAAUUGGGAGGAUUUUCUCGAGAGGAGAAUGAUUUCGACAUUAUUGUUUAUAAUACAAUGAUAUCCAUUUGUGGAAAAACGAAUAAUUGGGUUGACGCGGAAAGAAUAUGGAGAAGUAUGCAAAAUAAGGGUUGGCAUGGAACAAAGAUUACUUAUUCGUUGUUGGUUAGCAUUUUUGCGCGUUGUGGUCAGAAUGAUCUGGCUCUUGAAGCUUACAAUGAGAUGGAUCAAAAGGGCAUUAUACCGAAGGAUGAUACCUAUCAGGCUGUAAUUGGUGUGUCUGCAAAGGAAGGAAAGUCAGAAUUAGCUCUAAACAUUUUCCAUAACAUGUUAAAUCGCGGGGUGAAGCCAAAUCUUAUUGCGUGCAAUGCCUUGAUAAAUUCUCUUGGAAAAGCUGGACAAUACAAAUUAGCAUUUAUGGUGUUCGAGAAAGUAAAAUCUUUAGGUCAUAAACCUGAUGCAUAUACAUGGAACGCAUUGCUUAAUGGGCUAUACCGAGCAAAUCUACUUGCUGAUGCUAUUCAGCUUUUUGAGAGCAUAAAAAGAGAGCGAAACUCCCAAAUUAACGAGCAUUUGUAUAAUACCGCGUUAAUGUCAUGCCAGAAGCUUGGUCUAUGGGAUAAAGCUCUUCAGUUGUUGUGGCAGCUGGAAAGUUCUGGACUGCCAGUGUCGACCACUUCCUACAACCUUGUAAUUGGUGCUUGUGAGACUGCAAGAAAGCCGAAAGUUGCGUUACAGGUUUAUGAACAUAUGAUUCACCAGAAACACAUUCCGGACACAUUUACUCACUUGUCAUUGAUCAGAAGUUGCAUUUGGGCAUCUCUGUGGGGCGAAGUAGAAGAUAUCCUGGAGCAUGUUGCACCAGAUGUGUCUAUCUACAAUGCUGCCAUACAUGGAUUGUGUCUAAAACGCGAGUUUGUAUAUGCUAAGAAGCUGUACAUGAAGAUGCGUGAGAGUGGAAUCAAACCUGAUGGCAAGACAAGAGCAAUGAUGCUUCAGAACCUGAAAAAGGUUGCAAGAAAAAAGAAGAAACCGUACAUAUGUUUUUGAUUUGUCCGGGGAAUCAGGGAUGAUCUAUAAAUAUUGAAAAUAAAUAACUCAUCUGCAUAGCAGGGAUUGUCUGUAUAUAUUUUGAUUAUAUUGCAUAAUAGAGUUUGAGUAAUCUUCUUAAAGAAGUUUCAUAGUUCACAAUUCUAAAUUACUGAAAAGAAGCUGCUACAAAACUCAGGUCGAAAGACUAAUCUCCUUGCAGCUUUUAUCACAAUUAUAAUUCCAGUAAUGCAUCAAAUAGCAGAAUUAAUCAA